AUGAAGAUCUUUGCUCUCUUGUUGAUCUUAGUUAUAGUGUCUGGUGCUAAUCAUCAUCAUAGACUCAAUUACACUAAGUAGAGAUCAAUCACAGCUGUGAUGGCUGAGGUGGAAAUGAAGAUUAAAUCUCAUUCUCCAUUGGAUGCUGUUUUGAAUGUACUCACUUUGUUUAGAGAUUCUGUCAAUGAGGAAUAAGUCAAUCACGACCAAAUCUUUAAUGUGGAAUUGAGAGAAUGUUAGGCUGAAUAUGAAUUUAGAAAUGCUGAAAUUCAAAACGCCAAAAGCACUCUGAGAGACUCUAAUGCUUAAUUAAGCACUUGUCAAUAUUCAAAAUAGAGAACAAUUGAAUAAUAGUAGGUCAAUCAAUAAUAAGAAAAUACCUUCUAGUAACAUCUGAACACCAUCCUUACAACAGCUGAAUCAGAAUCAGCCUAUUUUAAGAGGAGAAGUAGACAAUAUGAGGAUUCAUUGCAUGCCAUAGACGAAGCGUUGACAAUCUUGGAAGGAAUUUCAUUUGGUUAUAGAAGUUUCUCUGAGUUGAGUAAAGUGAGUCAAAGAAUGUUAUAAACAUCAUUUGACAUUAACAAAACUCCAAUUUAUGCUCCCAUUUUUAAUGCAUUCAUUCAAUUGGCAACCCAAGGAUAAUCAAUUGAUUUGAGUUCCCUCCAAUAAGUGGAGCAUUUACUCAAAGAUCUGAGAUCUGCCAUCCAAGAGGCAUAUGAUCAAUUUACAGAAUCAAAUGCUCAAAGUGUGGGUUUGUUCAAUCUACAAAAGGAGAAGGUCAACAAAGUGUUAUCGAGAUUACAAGGAUAACACGAGAGACAACAAGUGAAAUUAGACAAGUUUUCUGCUUGCAUUGGAGUUCAAUCGGCAGUAUCGAAUUCAGCCUCAUCCAAAUAAUAAAGAAAUCAAUAAUUGUUGGAAUAAGCUUAAGCUCUGUGCUCCACCUUUUAGACUGAGUACAAUUAUGGCACUCAAGCGAGAAGAAGCGAGAUUCAGUUGGUGAAUCAACUCGAAGAGAUGGUCAAAUAGAGAUUUGAAGAAGUACACGAGGAGAAGAUAAUGUUAGGCUAUUCCAAAUUGAAAUAUUGA